CAGAUCCAUCAGACGUACACCAUCCUCUGGAAAUAUUUUAUAGUAUAGUAAUAAUCGUAUCUGGCCAGCCAGUGGCCAAAAUAAUAUAAUCUUCACCGUCAUCGAUCCAUUAAUCUAAGACCUAAAGGAGAGGUCAAAUCAUAAAUCCUCGGUAGCAGGUAGCUUGAGUUAGUAGGAGACACGGGAAGCUAGCAAGUAGCAAGCGGAGAUGGAGAUGGAGGAGGUGGUGGAGGACGCCGCCCAUGGCAUCGUCAUCGUCGGCGGCGGCAUCUGCGGCCUCGCCACCGCUCUCGCCCUUCACCGGAAGGGGAUAAGCAGCCUCGUGCUGGAGAGGUCCGAGGCGCUGCGAGCAGACGGCGUGGCCAUCGGCAUCCACGCCAACGGAUGGCGAGCUCUGGAGCAUCUUGGCGUCGCGGCGGUGCUCAGGGAGGCCACCAACGCCAUCACCGCGUAUCGCAGCGUGUGGCAGCUGCAGAACAAGACCACCCUGCUGCCUGCCAGGAAGGAGCUUCGGUGCUUGACAAGAAAGGAUUUGGUGGAGACGCUGGCCAAGAACCUGCCUGCAGGGACGAUCCGCUUCGGCUGUCGCGUCGCGGCCGUCGACGAAGACUCCGGCAGCCGCUGCCCGGUUCUUACCACGGAGGAUGGACACACCAUCAAGGCCAAGGUGCUGAUUGGCUGCGACGGCGCCAAUUCGGUGGUGGCUAAAUACUUGGGAUUAGGGAAUCCGUCGGAGCUUCCUCGUUUGGCCAUUCUUGGCCUCGCCAGCUACCCGGACGGCCAUCCAUUUGGAACAGAGUUCCUGACCAUUGCCGGCGAUGAUCUCGCCGUCGGACGGCUGCCCAUCAACGACCAUCUCGUCCAUUUCUUCCUCAGCAGGCGCAGGCAUUCCACAGACAUGGCACGAGACGCGAGCGCCGCGAGGGAGUACGUGCUGGAGAAGCUGCAGGAGUGCCCCGCCGACGUCGUCGACAUGGUGCGGCGGUGCGACCAUGCGUCAUCGCUGUGGACCACGACGAAGGUGUGGUACAGGCCCCCCUGGCAGGUGGCGCUCGCCGCCUUCUUCCAGCUGAGGCGGCGCGCCGCCGUGACGGUCGCCGGCGACGCGAUGCACGUCAUGGGCCCGUUCAUCGGCCAGGGCGGCUCCUCCGCGCUGGAGGACGCCGUCGUGCUCGCCCGCUCGCUAUCGUCGUCGCGUGCCACCGUAGAAGGUGGCGCCGACGACUUGGCCGGUGACCGUGGUCGCCGGCACGAUCAGCCGCAGGUCGACGGCGAGAUGGGCGCGGCGAUAGGGAGGUACGUGAGGGAGAGGAGGGCGAGGGUGAUAAGGCUGUCGCUGGAGUCCUUCACCGUUGGGACUUUGCUAAGAACGAAGUCGGCCGUGGUAAGGCUUGUGUGCGCGGUCGUCAUGGCUCUUCUAGGCACCAGGUCACGCAGGCAUGCAGACUAUGACUGCGGCUCUCUGUAACUUUUCUGAAGUGAUAAGAAGUUUGUUUUUACUUCCUUGAA